UUACACUUGGCACAAUGUAGUCAGGCAAGUACCGUUCUCCUGGCAACCCAAACCCAGACAUGUCCAUCGGAUUUCCAGACAUCUCCAUUGCUCUAGAGUCCAGUGCACGCGCUGCCCCGCUCUGCCGUUUUACGUGGCCUACCACUUUUUGUGUUGCCGUUGUUCGCAGUUGCUUCCACUUUGUUACAAUACCACUAACAGCUGACCGUGGAAUAUUUAGUAGCAAGGAAAUUUCAUGGAUGGACUUGUUGCACAGGUGGCAACCUAUCACGGUACCACGCUUGAAUUCACUGAUCUCCUGAGCGACCCAUUCUUUCACAAAUGUUUGUAGAAGCAGUCUGCAUGCCUAG